AUGACGGGGAAAACCUUGGAUGAUAUAGAUGCCCGCCGUAUCUCUCUUGGUACGCUUGCCGGGCAGCUUUCAGGUUUUAUUGGCGGUGGAGAUGAUGUAAAAAAUGCAAUUUUGCAUGGUUUGCACAGCAAUGUAAAUCAGCUUGAAAAGCUUUUAAAAACGUCAUGCGGAGAUGGGAAGUGUGAUGGUCAUAAUAAUGUUUAUGUGCUUCAGAAAUCUCUUACUGAAAUUAAGCAAAAAUGUAUUACAUAUGAUGCUCUUCAAACACAAAUUGCGCAGAAACUUGCAGAAAAUAAGAAUUCUCAUGACAGUGAUUCUGAUGCUGUUGUCUUACGACAGCUUAAAGCUAAAUUACCAGAGCUUGAAAAAGAAAUUUUCCAACAAAGUUCUGACCUUAAAACGCAAAUUACAAAUGUAAUUGACGCUGUUCAAAAGAAAAUUUCUGAACUUCAACUCAAGAAAAAUGAUGUUGUUGAAGCUCAACGUCAAGUGAAUGAGCUUAAAAAGCGAAUUGAUGCUGCGAAAAAUAAUGAAGACCUUAAAAAGAAGCUUAAAGAUGCUGAAAAAGAGCUUCAAAAAGCAAAAAAUAAUUUCCCUGAAAAAGAUGCAAAAUCUCUUGACUCUCAUCAGGCUUCCAUGAAGUCUCUCAACAGUCUACAAACGCUGUGUCAACAUUGUAAUGAAGUUAAUACUGUUAAACAUAAUAAUCCACAUGAUUUACUUGAUAAAUUGUGUUCAGGUCUCCAAACAUUUUUGGGGUACAACUCUGACUCCAAAGGCUACGAUGGCUCCGGCAUCGUGUACUCUGACCUUGACAGGCUCUGCGACGGGGUGAUGUCUUUCCUUCAUGGUGUUCUUGAGAGUGUGAAGGAGGAUGAGAGCGUUAUAACAUACAAUAAUUAUAUUAAAUUAACAGAUAAUAAUUAUGAUUUACAUAAUGUCCUUCAACUUCUUACUUCUUCAAUUGGCUCCGGGCGUGUUGGCCUUUCGGUGUCUGUCACCAAGGUGAAGGUGUGGUUGGGGGAAUAUAAUGAGGAAGUUGGAAACAAGACUGGAGCAGUGACCGAUGGAUUAUCUACACUUAUAGGUAAGUUACAUGAUGGGUCUCAUGGUUCUGUAGGUGAUUACUACAAGGAAGUUGCGGGACGAUCGGGGCAGGAGCUGCAGGAGCAGCUGAGGGAGUGGAAGGAGACGAUUGGGAAGAUUCAGCACACUGUAGACACUAUAGAUAUUAAUGUUGACAAACUAGAUCCUAAUCUUAGAGAUAAAUUACGUAGUGAGAUGAAUGCUAUUGGUGGUGCUGUUAGAAUGUUGAAUAAAAGUGCGUGGGAUAAGGCGCUUGAGAGGCAGCUUAAAGCUGUUGAUAUGUAUUUGAAUGAGGAAAGAAAAGGCGUUGAGAAAACGUUGCAUAAGUGGUUUAACGAAAUCGGUAAGGUGAUCAAUGCUCUGAGGGGCAUUAAGAAAGAUAAGCUCGAUAACAUUAAAGCGUUUCUACGGGACGCUCAGCAAUUUUGGGGUAAAUUCGACAAUGAUUAUAGGGAGAUUAUUCAAGGGUAUUUUAAUAAAAUAAGCAGUGCGAUGACGGAAUUAGAUCCCAAUAAUACGUAUGCUGGUGCCUUAAAUGAUGAAUCCAAGAUGAAAAGGGAUGCGAACAAAAUAACUGAGGAGUUGAAAUUGGUAGGUGAUCAGCUGCAGGGGUAUGUCACGAAUUUACAGAAUUGGAUUGAAGGCGCAAAAGGAGUGCGUGAAAGGGCUGCUGGGCAGUGUAAUGAGAUCAUUCAGCGGGUUGAAGUUAAAGACAACAUCUAUGACACUCCAGUAAUUCUUAAAAACUCUGUGGAUUUGUACAAAGCGGCUUUUAAGCUUCUGGAGGCUUACAGAGACUCAUAUAGUGGGCUUGACGGUUUGUCGAAAAAAAUCACGCGGGCAUUGGAUGGUUUAGAGAAGGUGUACAAAGAGAAGAUUGAAGGAGUUGCAACGAAGGUGCAUACGGAUGUGGAAAAGGCAUUGCAGCAGCUUACGGGGUUGAAAGAUGAUGUUAGUGGCGUAAUAGAAAAUGCAGUGAGGGGUCAGCUUAUUCGCGAGCUGCAACAGUAUUUACAAUCCUAUAAUAAUCCCCAACGCGGCGCUAGUAAUAGCGAUGGUCGUAUGCUCGGUGCAGCUGUUAGCCAGGCUGUAUACAAUGUAACUGCAAAAUUCGAUAGUCUCUUUUCAUCAUUCAACGACAAGAUUAAACUGAAUGGAACUCUUUAUAAUGAGAUCGAGAAAGUUAGAAAAUUUGAAGAUUGGCUUGAAAAGCCUGCUGGUGCUACGACAGGAGGUACUAAAUAUACCGUAAAAACGGACAACAUUACGGAAUAUAAGAACGGGGGUAAGGGAAAGAAAGAGUUGCUUGAUGAUGCAAUAAAAAAGGUGAAAGCUGAGGCUCUUACCGAUUUCAACGGCUGUGUUGACAACGGUAAUAAUGGUCAGGUCAUCGAAAAGAAAAAAGAACUCUCCGGUUUCUUCUCCACCAUCAUCACGCAAUUGAAAGACAUUGCGAAUUUCGUUGAUAAGAAUAAGGGGAACAAUAAGGUCGGCACCCAGAAGGACGGCGUCCUGGACGAGUUAAACACUCUUGAGAAGGGGCUUCAGACUACUCCACUGGGUCAGUCUAAUAAUGGCCUCACGCAAAUUAAGGACGCCAUUGACAGUAUUAAACAAGAAGAGAUGUCCGGCAAGGUCGGCAGAAUUCAAAAAGCCAUAAAGGCGGUGAUGGACAUAGUCGCCAAGCUUGAGAAGGUGCCUCUAGAUGUAAAAACAUUUCGGGAAAACACUGAAACGCUCAUGAGUCGGCUAAAAACUGAAAUUAAGAACCGUGUCGAUUACAUUAUUUAUAUCGUUGAGAAAGCUGACGAGGAUUUGGAUACCGGCAUAAAUGCCACACAUGAGAUAUUGAUUGAAGCCCAACGCGAGGGACACAAAGCCGUCAGAGAGGCUUUCGAUACGGUGACCUCUACCAUAAAGAUAUCAUUUGCUGACCAAAAACUCGCCGACCUCUCCGCGCUGCACAAACUCGUCGAACGCCAGGCCAAAAAGAUCAAAGAUAUAAUUGACGCUGAUAUUACAAACGGCGUCAAAGGUUUUAUGGGCAAGAUGCAUGAAAUAUUGCCUACUCUAGAUGCCGUAGAAAAACAGAGAACGUUCACAGAUUUUGCCCAGAGAUUACAGUGGUACCUCUCCCCCCUCCUCUCCUACACCGCCGAACAGGUCAAGGCGCCGAGCAAGGGGAAGAGAGAGAAAGUAGAGAGUGAGGGGUCCAAGAAAGUUGCAGAAAUUCAGAAGGCCGUCGAGAAAUUACUCCUCCACCUACAAAAAGAAAAACUCUACAACUUCGACUAUGCUUUCCAACAAAAACUCUCCGCACUCACCGACGCAGUCAACUCCCUGUCCGCCGAAAAAUUCGCCGGCCACCAGAAUCCCGAAUUGCUCGACGCGCUGAAGAAAGGGAUGCUUGGCGUUACCGGCGAGUUGAAACACGCGUACGUUAAUGCGUAUGACGGACGUAAAUGGAUAGAUUAUGCAGGCGAUGAGAAUAAGUUGUCGAAGGUUUUGCUCACCUUAAUGGAGGGGCUGAGAAAAGAUCUCUUUGAUUUGCAAAAUGAAUGUAAGCCUGAUGGUAAGAAUAGAUGGCAUGAAAAGAAAAUAUGCUUAACUGAGGAGGAUAAAACAAAAAAGCAAAGUCCUAAUCCCCUCGGGCAAUGGUUCAAGAGGCGUGGCUUCGAAGUGUCUGACUACGGCAAGCAAAACGGUGAGCUGCGGAACCACGAUGAGUGCAAGGGCACACAAAUUAAUGAGAAGUAUCUUAGCAAAAAUCUUAACGGUGCUUCCCAAAUUGGUUUCCUAACGAAGUGGAAAGGAGAGAUGAUUGCACAGAAAUUUCAGUUCAGUAACCAAACCGCUGGUGAAAUCACUCUCACCGAUUUUGUUGACAUCCUUCGCGAUGUUUUCCGAAAGUACUAUGACGUGUGCCAGCAUAUACAUAUCGAUUCACCUAAAGCCCCUUCCAAUAUCUACCAGAUGAUGUGUUGGCUGUCUGGACUUCGAUUUAAUCCGAUGUAUGAGAAACUAAAAAGUCAUUUCACAAAAAUGCUUGAAGAUAUGAAGGAAGAGUCUAAAUUGCAGAAAGCAGAAUUACCAGUCACCUAUCUAGACAGAAAGCACAACACAAUUAAUUCACAUCUCAAUGCUAGCCACUUGAACACAUCAUUCGGCCAAGUUUGUUUACGCUCACAACUUGCACUAGUAGAUAUUCUUGGCCACGGCCACGAAGGUGGCCGUUACGCCUGCGAUUUCCGCACAAACUUAGACAAAUUAAAUUAUCCUUCUAAUCCAUCAGCGUGCUUAGACAUGCUUAUAGAUAUAUUGAAGCGAGUGCUUUAUCAAUUCCGAUUCUUAUAUAGCCAGUGCCAGAAUGGUACUAGUCGUGGUGGUUGGGCCGAUUGCUCUUACGGCAGGUACGUCGGUGGCUCCAGUUGGCUGUGCAAAGCAGAACAGUGUGCCAACCAAGACUGCGACCUGAGACCUAACCAAAACACACACCAAAGUGCCAACCAAAAUGGUAACCAAUUGGUUACCCAAACGUGUGACCAGCAUCCAACUUGUGGUGUGAAAUCACCGCUUCAAUCCUAUUUAGAGGAUGGACUUCAGGGGUUCCUCCCUCAUACAAUUACUUCUCCCGGCUGUAAGCUAACGUGUACAGUGCGUGAUCACUUCGGUAAGCCGUGUCUCACUCCGAUGGGCUUUACCGAUAUUGCGACUACAGCGUCGCAUAUUAAUAAAGGCGGUCACCUUAAAGAAGCUUUGAGAGAAUUCUGUGGUCCAGAGUCUCACCUCAAUAAGCUCCGUAGUAUGUUUGACUGCCUUUUGCGUCGCCCACCGCAAAAUCUGGGAGAGAUAUUCGGGUUCUUCCAGGGUUACCUAACAGACUGGAGUGGUAAGGGUGCGGCACAUAAACAGACCGCAUUUAAUGCCGCCGUCACCGGAGCCAACUUCGGUCAGCAAUAUAUUGAGUUGAAUCCUGCCACUUUGUUUGUCAGCGGUGAUCAUAAAAUCGGCAAACAUGAAAAUGGUGAUUUGUUCAGCAUUAUGAAUUGCAAUUCCGACUCGAAGGACACUUGCGGUCACUACCUCGACUCACUGAGCUUCGACGUUUGUAACAUGUAUUCAUCCCGGAAUAAAAGCACUUACUUGUCUUGGAUCGUAUACAUCACAGAAACAUUUUAUGAUUUACUAAAAAAAUUAUAUGAAGAGUGCUGUAACAACUGCACUAAAGCAGGCACCAGAUGCCAUAACAAAAGGUGCGCUGUAAAGUGUCCAGUGAAGGCUGCCUAUGAAUCGCAGAAAUCUUCUGCAACGGAUAAACAGCCCCCCAAAAUCGGGAACCAACAACAUAAGUCCGACUGCACUUCAAUCAUCAAAUGCCCGCAUUCACUGCCCACGUUAACGAAAUAUGGCUUUUCCUUUUGGAGUGCCUACAAACUAAGCGGUGACAACGGCAUGGGGAAGAAACGUUCAUGCAAAGAUUUUUGCAACGCCUUGGAAAAAGUCAUUGGUGAAGGAUGUGCGCUUGUUGAACUACGUACACAAAUUGACAAUUUCAUAUGGAAGAUAAGAGAGAAAUUCUCCUACCUCUUACUAGCCCUCUGGUCGCUCUCGCUCCUGUACCUGCUGCACAUCGCCGUCGUCCGCCUCGACGUCCUGAGGAUACGCUCCCACCUGAGAUCACCCUCAAGCCACCGCAUCGCCGCCCAGUCGCUCCUCGCCGCCGCACGCGUCAAGGCACUCGCCAACGUCAAGUACUUCUCACCAUAA